AUGGAUUACCCAGCAAUUCCGGAGGGGCUUGAGCAUGGCUGUAAAUUUGUUGGAGGUGAGCUGGAGUCUGCGGGGGCGGCAGAUGAGCUUGAGACUGCGAGUGCGGCAGAUGAGCUUGAAACUGCGGCUGCGACAGAUGAGCUUGAGAUUGCAGCUGCGGCAGAUGAGCUUGAGAUUGCGGCUGCGGCAGAUGAGCUUGGGUCUGCAGGUGCGGCAGAUGAGCUUGAAACUGCGGCUGCGACAGAUGAGCUUGAGAUUGCAGCUGCGGCAGAUGAGCUUGAGAUUGCGGCUGCGGCAGAUGAGCUUGGGUCUGCAGGUGCGGCAGAUGAGCUUGAUGGUGAGGUAACCGAAAUAUCCGCGCCGGUAUCGACGAGGAAUUUCGUAACUGUUGUACGAUUGAGUAGUACGGAAGACAUAUUUUCGGUAACAGUAGAGGAUUCGGACGACGAGAAUCAGAGUGCCAAGGUCCGUCAACUGCGUAGAACAACGCGUAAACGAAGCCCACAGAAGAAAUAUGACAAAGAUUAUGUGCUGGUAGAAACCAAGCGUCGUAAAAGGCCUACUGUGGGGCAUGGAGAGACAAGCGAAGAAGAAGAAUCUGAGCGUGAUGAUGAGAGUUAUGUGCCAUUUGCGACAGCGCGAUCGGAUAUUGUAGACUUACAGCUUUUUCAAGAUGAUGAGGAUGUAACGGGAAAGAAUAUGUACGGUUUUCAUACGCCAAAGAAGAAAAACGGCAUGGCAUUGGCAGCUUUAAAUGCUGCCUCGAAAAAAACAGCACCGACGGCCAGAAAAUGA